CCGGCCAUUCGUUCUUAAAUUGGUCUCUGUUCGUGAGAGUCCAAACCAAACCAUAGCACACGCAGCCAUGGCAUGCAGCAAGGCAGGCAGAAACCGAACGGGGAAGGGCUGGUAUGCAGCCCGCGCGCCGCGCCCGGCCUGCAUCACAUGACAUCUCUGUCGCAGUGUGCGCCUCACUCGGCCAGCGCCCAAUACCCACACCACCUUGUCCGGAAGCUACCGAUAAGGUGUGCAAGUAGGAGGACGAGCGCCGAAGGAGACGGACACACAAACAAUACCAUACCCGCCACAUCACAUCCGUCUGUCUCUCUCUCUAAACAGCCUGCCUGCCUGGAUGGGGUGACAGCUGCUUACACACACGAAAACACAUGCAGGCACGGCGUGCAGGCCAGUCAGUCAGGGCUGUCAGUCAAUUCACAUGGGGCCAGCUGGUUCGCGGGGGUGGGGUGUGGUGUGGUGUUUAUGCCCUAGAGAAGGCAUUCAGAGUGCCGUCGUCGGUCUGACACACAACACACAACAACCAUGUGGGCAGUAAGUAUACCAUCCAUGUGUGCACACUGCAGGUGUGAGUGUCUGUAUGUGUGUGCGUACCACAAAGGCCGGCUUUUUGACGAUCUCAUUGACAAAUGUGGUCCAGCACACCUGACCAUCUUCACACAACACAACACAACACAACACAACGCAACACAACACACAAAAAGACUCAUACAUACAUCGAUCGAGUGCAGGCGCAUUGUGUGUUUGUUGUCUUACUUCCUUUUUUGCUCCACUCAUGGAUCCUGUCCCUGAGGUCCCCGUAGUUGAUCUCAUCCCGGCCCCCAGUGAGCGUGUCGAACACACAGUUGAUGGCCACCUCGUCCAGGUAGUCCUGACCGAUCGCUGCGUUCACCGACUUGCGCAUCUCUGCAGUCAUGACAGACAGACACACGUGCCACAACACGUGCGAUAAACACCACGCCGAUGUGUGUGUGUGUGUGUGUGUGUGAAGGGUGGCUGCAGUCACUGCAGUGACUGACCUGUUGGGUCAAUGUCCCACGGGAUGCCCAGCUGGACCACCUGGACGUCAUACUCCUGACAUACAAGACACAGAUGGGUGGGUGGGUGCGGUGUAGGUGUGUGUCAAGUGCAUUGAUGGCAUCUAGCCACACCUUCGGCUCAGCGAGUGGACCAUGGAGGUGCUCUUCAAUCGGCCACUGCCGGUCCCACACUAACCGGCUCUCUACGGGCCUGUAUGCGUACCAACAUCAUAUGAUCACACAUACUCUCUCUCUCUCCCUCUCUCUAGGGGGCGUACAGCUCAUCACCCCCCCCUCCGUCCCUCUCACCAAAGGAAUGGCAACCGCAGCAGGCCGGUAGUGAACUCUGUCCUCGUGAGUAUGUGGUCCUCCCCGAGCAUCGGCUGGAAAGUGGCCGCCUCCAACACAUAGCUAUAAGGUUCAUGGCUUGCGUCCCGCUUCCCCUUAGGUAUAGCCAGCCGCCCGAAGAUCUUCACCAGGUCCAGCAGCACGAACGCUGGUAUGACAGCAGCAUCAUGCCGCCUCCACCUGUGGUAGACGGGGUGGUGGGUUGAAAAGACAGAGGGAUAGGAAGCGGUGGGCUGCCUCCUGCCAGCAGUGGGCCUGGAGGCCUCAAUGAGGCGGGAGAGGCGCCGUGGUGAGAGAUCUGUGCGGGAUGCAGUGGAUGUGGUGCUCUUUGAGAGGGAUGUGAGCAGCAGGAGGAUGGAGCCUCCAGCUGAUAAGAGCAUGAUGAAGGGGGAAAGGACGACGGCU